AUAUAAAUUUGGCCGGUAUUUGUAAACAUUUUAGAAGUUCAUUUCGAACAGUUGAAGCUGUUGGUGGUAGAACGAACGUCUGCUAAGCUAAAUUCAUUGACCAUGAAAUUUUGUAUUUUUAUUUCGUUUCUAAUACUGCAAGUUGCCUGUGGAUCGUAUCCACCCAACUUUCCCAAAUGUAAACAUGGCGAUGAAUCCUGUUUGCUGAAAGGCGCUGCUGACAUUCUGCAGCAUCACUUUGCCGGCUUGCCAGAUGUUAGUUUGCUACCAAUUGAGCCAUUCCCGGUUAAAAAAUUAAAUGUGGAGAGGAAUCCCUCAAGUCCGGUUAAUGUCGAUAUUAAAUUAAAGGAUGUUAUUGUGGAGGGUUUCAAAGCGGUAAAAAUUGAUAAAUUCCAAGGUUUAAAGGAGGAUAUGAGUGGCCGUAAUGCCAUAGCUGGUGUAAUUCCCUCGUUGACAAUUAAAGGCAAAUAUACACUCGAUGGCAAUGUAUUGGUAUUACCGAUUAAGGGCAAUGGAGAUUGUGAAAUCAAGUGCAAAAAUGUUAAAUUCGACUUUUCUUGGGACUUCAAAAAAGUGGAAAAAGAUGGAAAAAUCUAUGCCGCCUUGGAGCAUGUCAAGCUGCAAUUUGAACCCGAUCAUGUGCACUUUUUCUUCGACCAUCUAUUCGAUGGUGAUGCCUCCUUGCAGACGACUACAAAUGACUUUUUAAAUGCCAAUUGGAGUGAGAUAUUCCAUGAAAUCCAACCAGGUCUCACAAAAGCCAUUAGUUUGGUGGCCAAGGCUUAUAUUGCCAAAUUCUUUGAACACCAACCCUAUGCUGAAUAUUUCCAAUUUUGGCAGACAAAAGAAAAAUAUUUAGAAGUGCACUACAAACAGUUGGAGCAGCAGGUGGAACGGCCAAAAAUUCGGUUGACAAUGAAAUUUUGCAUUUUUAUAACGUUUCUUAUUCUACAAAUUGCCUAUGGAGGAUAUCCAUCCAACUUUCCCAAAUGCAAAUACGGCGAUGAGCCCUGCCUCAUAAAAGGCGCAGCUGAUAUUCUAAAGAAUCACAUCAAUGGUGUUGCAGAUGUCAAUUUGCUGCCAAUCGAUCCAUUUUCGCUGAAAACCUUAAAUGUAGCCAGAAAUCCCGCAAGUCCUGUGAAUGUGGAUAUCAAACUGAAGGAUGUAAUUGUAGAAGGUUUCAAGGACAUCAAAUUAGAAAAGUUCCAAGGCUUAAAGGAAGACUUAAGUGGUCGCAAUGUUAUAGCGGGCUCCCUGGACUCCUUAACAAUCAAGGGCAAAUAUAUGCUUGAUGGCAAUGUACUGGUGUUGCCGAUUAAGGGCGAUGGAAAUUGUGAAAUUAAAUGCAAAAAUAUAAAAUUCGACUUUUCAUGGGAUUUCAAAAAAGUCGAAAAGGAUGGAAAAAUCUACGCCGCCUUGGAGCAUGUCAAGCUGCAAUUUGAGCCCGACAAUGUACACUUUUUCUUUGACCACUUAUUCGAUGGUGAUGCAUCACUGCAGACGUCAACAAAUGAUUUCUUAAAUGCCAAUUGGAGUGAGAUAUUCCAUGAAAUUCAGCCGGGUCUCAGCAAAGCUCUGGGUUUGGUUUUUAAGUCAUAUAUUGGUAAAUUCUUUGCACACCAACCUUAUGCUGAAUAUUUCCAAUGAAUUUAUGAAAAAUAAAUUUUAUAAAAAUA